CAGUCGGUCGUCUGCUAAAUUGUCACUUUUGCAGAACGUGUCAAAAUGUUGUCCCUGUAGUUUUUCUCCUCUCAAUAUUUCCAAGUCGCUGUAACAUUAUCAUAAGCUUGAAUAAUUGGUUCGUAAAUGUGGAACCGUGUGCAAGCAGGGAGCAAGGAACAUCUUUGAGAUGGACAUCUCAAACAUUCGUAUGGAACCGUUGCACAGAAGACCAGAUUUAAUUGAUGAUUGUGCGGACUUACUUAACGCUCAAUGGCCUCGCAGUAAAGCAGCAAGACUUCACUCAUUGGAUAAGUCACGUGAUGAACUUCCGUACUCACUUGUGAUGGUGGCUAAUGAACAGGGUAGAUCAAGUCCAGCUGUAAUUGGUUACUGCAGAUUGGUCAGAGUCAUCAGCAUGCCAAGCAGUGUCCUCAUUGAAUCCGUCGUUGUCCCAGAACAUCUGAGAGGUAAAGGUAUCGGCCGACAGGUCAUGGAGAUGGCUGAAACACAUGCUAAGAGUCAAGGCUAUACCACUAUGUUCCUUAACACUAAAGACAAGCAGGGCUUCUACUCUCAUCUUGGAUAUGAGUUCUGCUCACCGGUCAAUACCUUAAAUGCUCAGAUGUUAGAGACUUGUGAUUGUUCACCUACUACACCCAGCCCGCCCUGUGAGAACCAGACUCCUUGUUCAUCAAACAGCUGCACCAGCGUCUCCCAAGAACCUAGGGUGAGUGAUGUUAGGCUCUCUGAGCCAGAUGGUGGAUGUUUGGAAGGAAGGGAGGCAACCUCAGAUAACCGUGUGGAUGUUCAACGGGAUAAUAAAGUACAAAGUGUUUCUAAUUUAUCCCACACUUUAGUAAGUGUUCCUCCCCCACCUCCUCCUCCACCAUUAAAACUCAACACUUUCACAACAUUGAGUCCAAUAUAUUGGAUGAAAAAGGAUGUAUCUUAACACUAGGUGUUUUAGAAUUGUAGUGUACACCAUUGUAAUAUUCAUUUGUGUAUGAGCUUUUAUUUGGAAGCUGCUUUGGGUUCAAGUUGUGUUAACAAAUAUCCUGAGAAGCUGAUUGUGUCUGACUGCAUUUACUGACUCAAUGUAAAAUGAAAUAGAGAGAGGAGUAUGAGAACAAUUUUCAGUAGUGUACGAUGUUACUUGAAAACAGUAAGAACAAAUAAAUCAGCCUGCAAGUUACGAUACGUUUUGUUUUGCUGUUUUUUUCUUUCUUAAAAAAAGAAAACAAAAUAUUGAAAACUAGUAAUAAAAUGUUGGUGUGUAGGGAAAAGGCAGAACAUGGUCAACUACAUAAUAUGUAAACUAUCAUACUUUAUAGAAUAAAAUUAUUUUAACCAGAACAUAGUAUUAUACUCGAACAAUCAGGAGACUUCAAUUGAACCAUUUCACACACAAAAUGUAUGCUAUGGCAACUAGUAAGUUCAUUAAGUUUGUUAAAGUAUGCCUCUACUCCCUUUUUUCAUUAGAGAAUAUUUUGAGAAGGUAUUCUAUCAAUUUGUUUGUUGUGUUUGAACAAGAUACAUGGUCACUUCACAUCAAUGUUGAAAUUAUUCAAACAACUUUGAACAUUGAUAAACAAAUUAUGGUUUAUUUUACAAAUUCGAUGAAUACCUGUAGUAUAGUUCUGGUAUUUUAGCAGUAUAUGUUGUAAUUGAAGGCAUUUAUUGUUAUACACAUAUUGAAUGGCAAUGAGGUAACUAGUGUACAUCUAUUCCCCCAAGGGACUUUGGCCGAGGGAAAUAGGCCCCUCUUCUGGUCUUUCACAGGCCUAAGGGGGAAUAGACGUACACUAGUUACCGAAU